AUGUCUGACUUGACCGCUACUGUCCAGGAGACCAAGGCUGGUUUCCACGUCGCUGGCUAUGAGAAGAUCGAGUACGACUUCGAGUUCAUGGACGGUGUCUUUGACCCCAAGAACAGCCAACUUGCCGACUGCUACCAGCGCUGGGGCAGAGCCCUGGCUGUCAUGGACGCCAACAUCUUCGAUGUCUACGGAGACCAGAUCCAGAAGUACUUCGACCACUACAAGCUCGAGCUUUCCAUCCACAAGACCAUGAUUGGCGAGAAGGCCAAGUCUAUGGACACCCUCUUGAGCAUCGUUGACUCGAUGAACAAGUUCGGUGUCUACCGCAAGGAGCCCGUUCUGGUCGUUGGUGGUGGAUUGGUCACCGACAUCUAUAAGGCACUCUGGCCAAUAUCUCCUAAGCGUUUCGCUUGCGCUUCCUACCGCAGAAACACCAACUACAUUCGUGUUCCCACCACCGUCAUUGGUCUCAUUGACGCUUCCGUCUCCAUCAAGGUCGCCGUCAACUACGGCAACUACAAGAACCGUCUGGGUGCCUACCACGCCCCCAUGAACACCUUCCUUGACUUCAGCUUCCUCCGCACUCUCCCCGAUGCUCAGAUCCGCAACGGUUUCGCAGAGUUGAUCAAGAUCUCCACCUGUGCCCACCUCGACACUUUCAACUUGCUCGACAAGUACGGUGAGCAGCUCAUCGAGACUGGCUUCGGUCGUCGUGAGGGUGCUCCCCAGGAGGUUCGCGAUGCUGCUGACAAGAUCAACCGCAACGGUAUCCACGAGAUGUUGAAGCUUGAGACCCCCAACCUCCACGAGAUUGGUCUUGACAGAGUUAUUGCCUACGGCCACACCUGGUCUCCUCUUCACGAGCUGAUCCCCGACCCACCUCUUCGUCACGGUCACGCCAUCUCCAUCGACAUGGCUUACUCUGCCACUCUUGCCAACAUGAGAGGUAUCCUCAGCGACGAGGAGCACAAGAGACUUCUCAACCUCUUCUCCCGCGUCGGUCUCUCCAUGGAUGACGACCACUUCACCGAGGACGUUCUUGACCAGGCCACCAAGGCUAUCCUCAAGCUCCGUGCUGCAGUCCCCAGCCCUCUUGGCUCUUGUGUCUUCCUUAACGACGUCGAGGCAAGCGAGAUGAACGCUGCCUUGAAGAAGCACAAGGAAAUUAUGAAGUCCUACCCUCGCGAGGGUAAGGGACUCGAGGCACACGUUGACUCGAGUGAUACCGGCUACACCCACAAUGCUAAGGCAGUUGAGAACAACGCUACCAACUCUGCCAGCAAGUCCGUCAUCAACGAUGAUGUUAAGGACGGUGUCAACCCUGCUGGCAAGAAGACCGCCGAGAAGAUGGCCAGCGGCCCCGAGGGUGUCAACGGUGUCUCAAACCCCACCACCAACGGUGCCAACAGCCUUGCUCAGGGCGGCGAGUGCUGCUAG